AUGGACCUAAAGUGGGAGCAACGUUUAGAGUCUCAGUUGGAGCAUCUCAAGUUGCUGCUUGAUGAGCGUUUGGCCCAGGUGUCUCCUCCGCCUUCACCGGUCACCGGGGGCGAGGCUAGUGCGGCCCGCGAUUCUGUUCGUGAGAAAGGACGAAGUUCAGAUUUUGAGAUGAAUUGUCGCGAGCUCAAUGCAAUCCUCAAAACCUUGUGGGUUAAGGUUCCACGCUUCAAUGGUAUGAAUGUUGAUGAUUGGAUUUAUAAGAUUAACAAAUUUUUUGAUCUGCAUAGGGUCGAUCAUGCUAUGAGACUUGCUGUCGUAGCAUUUCACUUGGAUGGAGCUCCAUCUACCUGGUUUCAAUGGAUGGAAAUGGGUGGUUCAAUUACUGAUUGGGACUCUUUUAUUAAGGCGCUGCAACAAAGGUUUGGGACAUCAAUCUAUGAUGAUCCUCUGGGACGGAUUUCGAAGCUCACUCAGACGGGAAGAGUUUCUCAAUACCGAGCAGAGUUUGAAUCGCUCAUGCCGCGCAUCACAUGUGUGGCAGAUUCGAUGUUCUUGAAUUUCUUUAUCUGGGGACUCAAGCUAGACAUUCAACGUGAAUUACUCUUGUAUAAACCGCUGGAUUUGGCGGAUACGAUGGCCAAAGCGCAACUGUUCGAAGAUCGAAAUGAUGAUUUGGUGUCUCGGCAGAGGGAAGUUACUCGAUCCGGUUGGUCCUCGAAGCUGGCGUCGCCUACUCAGGUCAUUCAUCCAACUUCGUUUAACCCUUAUAAACAGAGUUCGGUUGUUCAUAACACUCCAGCUCAAUCGGCUACUGCACAGUCAGGUAUCACCCCUCUUCCUGUCAAGAAAUUGACUCCUUCCGAAAUGAAGGAUAGAAGAGAUAAGGGUCUGUGUUAUACUUGUGAUGAAAAGUUCAACUAUAGUCAUAAGUGUAAAAAUAAGAUGCUAAUUAUGUGUAUGCAAGCGGAUGAUGAGGUGCAGGCAGGUUCAGGGAGUGAAGGACAAGAUUUUGACUCAGUGGAGGAUGAAGUGAGUCUCAACUCGUUUUCAAAUUCUAUGAACCCUCAAUUUUUUCGUAUUAUGGCCAAGCACAUGAAUGAAUCUUUAGAAGUUCUGGUGGAUACAGGCAGCAAUAACCAUUUUACACAAGAAUCAUUGGCUGCUACCUUGAAUUUUUCAUGGGAAGAAACGAAGCGAUUCAAGGUCUAUAUGGGAAAUGGAAAUUUCUUGAUGUGCUCGAGGAUUUGCCAUGGGGUAGAGUUGAUUUUGCAGGGGCAUCAAUUCGUGGUGGAUCUUUUCAUUCUACCCAUUUGUGGCUUGGAUGUGGGAAAGGUUGUCAAGUUAGCGGGAUCGAAGGAAGUUGCAGCACACCAACUUACUUACACUCAAUUCCAUGCUCUAGUCCGAGAAGGUGACAUUAAAGACUUAUACAGACUAACGACAGUGGUGGAAGAGCCAAACAAAAAUGUUAAGGAGCUAACUAGUUUGGAAACCGAUUUGCCCAUCAAGGGUAAAGGGCUAUUGACAGAAUUUGCGGCUCUUGUCAAAGAGAUGAUUUCUUUCGGCUUUAUCAGACCAAGUACUAGUCCUUACUCUUCGCCGAUUUUGUUAGUAAAAAAGAAAGAUGGUACUUGGCGUUUCUGUGUAGAUUACAGGGCUCUUAACGGCAUAACGGUGAAGGAUAGAUUUCCUAUUCCGACUAUUGAUGAGUUGUUAGAUGAAUUGGGUCAAGCAGAAAUAUUUUCUAAGUUGGACCUACGUGCGGGUUAUCAUCAAAUCCGUAUGGAUCGUCGAGACAUUCACAAAACAGCCUUUCGGACUCAUGAAUGA